AUGGUGCGGACAACACAAAAACCACGCUGUAACUUUUGUCUCAAAGAACUGGCCCGACGGAAAGAUGUUACCUUGCACAUUCAAAAUACUCCAAGAUGUCGGCAACAAUGGGAACUCCUCGUCUCGAGUCAGCAAAAGGCCACGGUUUCUGAACAACCAGACAAGCAACCAGAUACGUCAGGUCCAGUCACACCCCCGGAAUAUGAUUAUGACAUACCUGAAGAUAUAGACUAUGAAUUUCCACCAAGAGUGAGGAGAGCUGAGUAUGAGCCUGUUGAAGCCCCGCAAUCGAAACGGGCUCGAGUGGAAGAAGUAGUAGAUGAAGAGCACCCAGAAAGAUUUGCAAACAUGUUCCCGCACCCUGCCGCAGAUGUUUUAGGGGCAGGACAGACGGCCUUCGAAGAAAUUCGGGAGGAUCAGAUUAACAUGGGUCUUGAAGCAAAUCCAUGGGCACCAUUCUGUGAUGAGGAAGAAUGGGGUCUUGCAGAGUGGCUUGCAAAGAGAGUCAACCAAAAAGCAACUGAUGAAUUCCUGAAACUCGCCAUUACCAAAAAUCGCACUCAGCCAAGCUAUACGAGUAACUAUACAUUCCGAAAGAAACUUGACAAGUUACCGAAAGGACUGGGUUGGAUGUGCGAUAUUGUGACAUCGCCGGGUGAUCGAGUGGAUGGGAGUCAGGAGUUCCUCACUGAACGACAUGAACUAUGGCGGUGGGAUCCUGUAGAGUGUGUGCGUGAGCUGGUUGGUAAUCCCGCGUUCAAGGAAUAUCUUGCGUACCUGCCAGAAAAAGUUUACGAGGAUCCUGAAGGAAAGACGCGGGUAUAUGACGAGAUGUGGACAGGUGACUGGUGGUGGAAUAUGCAGGAAUGCCUUCCACCUGGUGCUGUUGUUGCGCCCAUGAUCCUCGCGUCUGACAAGACAAAUCUGACCCGUUUUCGAGGAGAUAAAGCAGCCUGGCCGAUCUAUCUGACAAUUGGGAAUAUCAAGAAGGACAUCCGCCGUCAGCCUUCCAAGCAUGCAACAGUGCUGAUAGGAUACUUACCAAUAUCGAAGAUGCUGCAUUUUAAGGAUGAUGAAGGACGGCAACUUGGUCGCUAUCGACUGUUCCAUAACUGCAUGCGGUUGGUGAUGGAAUCACUGAUUGAUGCGGGUCGUUGUGGAGUCGAGAUGAUCUGCGCUGAUGGGAAUAUCCGACACAUUUUUCCGAUCCUUGCAGCGUAUAUUGCAGAUCACCCUGAGCAGUGCCUUAUUGUGUGUUGCAAAGAAAAUCACUGCCCUCGUUGUGUUGUGGGAACCAAACAACGAGGAGACCAUGUUGACUCACCUCUCCGCAAUGUCACUGAGACCAGAGCAACUCUCAAACGACAUCAAAAUGGUGAAGACCCUCACCUUUUCGACGAUCACGGUCUGCGUGCGAUUCAUUAUCCGUUCUGGGCGUAUCUCCCCCACACCGAUAUUUUCACCUGCAUCACUCCAGAUAUUCUCCACCAGCUCCAUAAGGGAGUCUUCAAGGACCACAUCGUUAGUUGGUGUGCUACAAUCAUCUCCGACGCAGAGUUCGACGCACAUUUCCAAGCUAUGUCCAAUUUUCACGGUCUCCGUCACUUCAAACGGGGAAUUUCGAAUGUCUCUCAGUGGACUUGCACGGAGCAUAAAGAGAUGCAGCGCGUUGUUUUGGGUGUCAUUGCAGGUGCUGUUGAACCUCGUGUGUUCCAGGCUGCUCGUGCUAUUCUCGACUUUAUUUAUUAUGCUCAAUACCAUGCUCACACAGACACAACUCUCAUGCGAAUGCAGGAAGCACUCAAUGUGUUUCAUGCAAAUAAGGCCGUCUUCAUUGAGCACGGCCUUCGCGAGCACUUCAACAUUCCGAAGGUUCAUUCAAUGUGCCACUAUGUGCAGUCCAUCCGAUCUUUGGGAAGUGCUGAUGGUUUCAACUCGGAGAGCCCUGAACGCCUGCACAUCGACUAUGCGAAGGAUGCUUACCAGGCGAGCAGCAAGGUUGAUUAUAUUGUGCAGAUGACGCACUGGCUCGAACUUCAAGAAGCUGUAUUUCGACAUGGUGUUUAUCUUGAUUGGGUUGCAUCCCAAAGCCGAGAUCCUGUCGCCGACUCAGACUUAGAUGCACUUGAGGAAGAGGAUGAGGAAGAGGAGUUGGCAGAUUCAGAUACCAUGACGCACACUCCAGAUGUUUUGCUAUCUCAGUUCACUCCAUCAGGUCUACUAAAGUCGCAUGGCUAUCGCGUGGCCAAAACAUGCCCUUUCGUCAAUGUCUCCAUGUCUCGUCUGCAAACAGACUUCGGCGCCAUUGACUUCAUACCUGCUUUGCAAACAUUCCUCGCUCGCCACUUUCCUCAUUCAUCCAUCUCUGCCAGCGAGUAUGAUCGGUUCGAUGUCUUUAAAUUGGUGCUACUUCUUCUCCCUCGGCGAAAUCACAUCAGCGAUGUCAAGCGGCUGAAUAGGAUUCGAGCUCACCCAGCUAUCCCCAAUCGCAACCAUCGCAAGCCGCCAUCACCAGCACAUUUUGAUGUGGCAUUCAUUGUCGAGGACCGCCAGUCAUGGGAGAGCGGUACAGGUUUUGAUGGGUUGCGGCUCGCACAAAUACGUGCAAUAUUUAAAUUACCAUCUCAGUACGGUGAAUUUCCUCAUCCCCUGGCUUACAUUGAAUGGUUUCGACCUCUGCGUGAGCCGGAAGCCGCCACCAGACUCUAUCGAGUGGCACGGUCGACUCGUAACCAACGGCGAUUCGCAGCGGUCGUCAGUGUUCAAGACCUUCUGCAAGGAGGUCAUCUGUUUCCUAGGUUUGGAUCGGGCAAAGUAGAUGUGUCGUGGAUCAAUAGUGAUGUUCUCGAGCUCGCUGAUGAGUUUUAUGUCAAUCCUUACAUUAAUUUCUACCUGUUUGACACUAUGGAGCGCUUAUAG